AUGGCCCAAAUUCAACUGGAUAUGGACACGCAGCCCUACGGGGUGACUGGUAAAGGUCUUAUUGAGGCCAGAAUGCCGGAUUUAGUCUACGGACCCGGAUGUACGAAACAUAAAUCCACACAUGCUACGUACUUUGUGUCCAGACUCGGGGAGUGGACCGGCUUUGAAAAGGAGGUGAAGGACACCUUCGAGUCCCUACCAUGGACCCAGGAAACUCUUGACUUUUCGGCAAAAAAACUCCCAAAACAUAACAUGUCGCAGGAGCGACUACGGUGCGGGGACGAACACUCCGUUUUGGCCCGAUUUGGGCAAAACGCUGGUGCGGUAGUCAGUUGUGUAUUGGCUAGCUUGGGUAAAGAUAUCUGCUUUGCAGAUGCCAAGGCAUGCAUCGAUUCAACGCUGGGAACAGCCGUUCCAGAUAUUGUUAUGAUGACCGAACCGGGGGAGCUGUUAGUUGUCGGAGAAGCCAAAACCCCCUGGAGGCAUGACUUUGAAGAUACAUUGCUCAGUGGAAGUCGACGACAGGUUCACAACAUGUUUGCAUCCGGGGAUAGCAGAGCAGAUAACCCUAUGAUUGAGGGGGAUUGGUGCAACGCGAAGUAUAACGAAAGCGAUGAGGAAAGUGAUGACCUCCCUGAAUCGACUACCCCUUCAGAUGACGUUUCUAUGGAGGAUGCCGAGUCGCCGGAGCAACAAGUGCCACAGGAACGUGGCACUGGCACCAAAGGUACCACCGCCAUGGACCCCUCAAUGAACAGCCUCCUGAAAUGGGGCAUCGAGAAUACCAUUCCCAGCGGUCAGACAAACGGAAACGAAACCCCAGCCGCCAGCCGCUCUAUUGACGCAGAAGCAUUGCAGCGUCUGCUAGCAAAUACCCCUUCAGACGCAGAGCUCAUGAAAACCGCAAUGGAAGUUGUCCGCUCUUCGGAAGCGACAUUAGAGAACAAACUCAUCGCAUUCGACAAUUUUGAGCAGUUGGUUGAGAACCUAGAUAACGCGAAUAAUAUGGAUCCGUUGGGCCUCUGGGCUCCGUUGGUUGAAACCCUAAAACAUGAAGAGGCGGAAAUACGAAAAAUGGCUGCUUGGUGUGUCGGUACAGCGGUACAGAAUAACGAAAAGUCUCAGGAGAAGGCAUUGGAAGCCAAAGCUAUUCCCGAAUUAAUUCGAGUCGCCAAGGAAGAUACUGAUGCUACCGUACGUCGGAAAGCUGUCUACGCCGUAUCUUCGUGCGUACGGAACUAUCAACCUGCUCUCGACCAGUUGGUGGGGCACCUACCCGCCGAGGUUGUCGGUGCUGACGAGAAAAUCGAUGCCGGUGAUAUGGAUAAGAUAGAUGUGAUUAUCGCCCAUCUUAGGCAAGCAUGA